CGCAAAUCGCAGGCACGCGCCAACUGCCGCUCUCGAACAGCGACCGCUUCACUCGGCCUAUCUGAGGACACAACCAUCUUCAGCAGUCAAGAUGAGCUUCUACGGACCAAAAACACUUGGGGACUCCAUACAUUCUCCCCACAAUCAGUUGGGAUUUCGUCGUCGAUUGUCUUACAGGAUCGUCUCACCAUCUGAUUGCGCGUCAACAGGUACCGUCCCUACGCAUCGUUCCCACUCGAGCAGCCUUCCACGACCCGAUCCUCGACUCAAUCCGCCCCUCUUAUAAACCUCGAAAUUGAUUAGAGAACGAAAACGCAUCGCGCAACGACCAUUUCCUCGAACCGCCGCUUCUUCGUCCCUAAUACCAACGUCGCUCAUUGCUGAACCUUACCCGCCGACCUCCCCGAUCCUCUCUUAAUGCGACCGGCUCUUAUAAUAAUCUAUGGGAAUAAUAAUGUGUGGACAAACAAUAAAGUGUGGAGGAACAAUAACGUGUGGAGGGACAUGGAGAUGUUGGUGUGGCAGCUACGCUGUGCGUGGUGUCCGUCGGCCUUGCGCGCUUGGCGGCGCGUGAAGCGUAGCCACGCGACGCUUGAGGCAAUUGAAACUAAAGACCAUGUGUGGCAUCUUUCUCGCGCUUCAAGUGCCCCAAAAUACGUUGGAAACUUAUUUCAAUGCGAUUGCGGUCCUGGUGUACUUACUCUGGGUUCUCUUCUCGUGCACGGAUUGCUUGGCGGCAGCGCGUGAACGGCAGCAGACGGCACAUGAGCAGAUGGUAUGUCCAGCUCAUGGGAGCGUCUACGAUUGAGUGGACCGUAACCAGCGACGCCAAAGCCUCGUCACUAGUAGUCCGGGAUACGUCUUCUAGACGCCGGCGUACGUUUGAGUUGAACCCCCUAACAAUCCCCGUCAUCCAACUUACCCAACACUCCCUGCUGGUCAACUUGAAGAGCAACGGUAAUUUACACUAC